CGUUUUACCCAGCUUUCUCAGUGCAACUUAUAACAUCCAAGGGAAAGAUAUAAUACAGCUGGAUAAAUCAAAAACUGUGUCCAUCUUCGUUUCAGGCUGCAAAGCAACAGAAUGUGAAGGGGUGAUUCUUUUCUGUACCCACUGUACAUGCUUUCACUGCACGUCACUGGCGUCCCUGCAUUUCUCCUGCUGAAGUUACAUCUGGAGGAGAUUAACGCGAUAUUAGGGACCUCGUUGUUUUACAGAUUCAUAAAAUCCGAGGCUUUGCUCUGGAGUUUUAUUGUUCGCUGUUGGAGUUAUAAGUAUUCAAUCUGGUGGGCUUGUUGCUUCCUGUUUUGUGUUGUUGUGGUUGCAGCUAAAAAUAUGAGUACGUGAGAUGCAGAUACUUUAGCUUUUCCCUUUCUUCUUCUCUACCGGUUUUUUUUUCGUUCUCACUGUAAAUAAGGCGGAAACCCGCUUUAAGUAACGUUAGUCGAAUUUAUAUAAGCUCAUGUUUAAUGAGUCUAAAGUUCGCUACGACUCCGUUAGCUAGCGGACUAGCACGCUAUGCUAGCUGACCACCAAAUAUUUUUACACGAUGUAAACGUCCAAGAAAACAGGCAGCAUUUUUAUUUUGUUUUAUUUCUUUUUUUGGUUUUAAUCCGUCGAAAAACCCCCUCAGGACCGACUCUGGAGAGCAAAAAGCUUCUCAGCCUCUGUCAGGAUAUUUGCCGAAAUAUGCCGUGACGUGUCGGUCAGGCUGUGAGAGCGAACAGGAUCCCGUAAGGUAUCGUUUACCCCACGUCUGCAGAUAGAGAGCAUGGACAGCUCCGUCACCCUGUGGCAGUUCCUGCUGCAGCUGUUGUUGGAUCCCAGCAAUGACCGUCUUAUCUGCUGGACCAACGAGGACGGAGAGUUCAAACUGUUGCAAGCGGAAGAGGUGGCCAGAUUAUGGGGCGUUCGCAAGAACAAACCCAGCAUGAACUAUGACAAACUUAGCCGGGCUCUGCGUUACUACUAUGACAAGAACAUCAUCAAAAAAGUAAACGGGCAGAAGUUUGUGUAUCGUUUCGUGUCGUACCCUGAUAUCCUAAAAGGAGAAGUCAUGGCCAGAGCGGAGGGUGCAGACGGCGGCUCAAACAGACCUCUGCCCCUCUCCGACAAACCUGCAAACAUCUCCAUGGAUAAAGACAACAAAGCCAUCCCAGACCGAGGUGCAGGAACAAAUCAGUCCAAAUCGUCCAGCCGGAAUGACUAUAUCCACUCUGGCUUGUAUACUUCCUUCACCUUGACCUCUCUGCAGUCAGGAACGCAACUUUUUAAAUCCAUUAAGAUUGAAAAUCCAGGCGAAAAGCUAAUGGAGAAAAAGGCCGCCCAGGAGUCACCCCAGCCACCCACCGUCAUUAAAUUUGGGACCAUGCCACAGAACAGACACACCACUCCGUCUGUUAUAGAGAAGCCUGAACAUCCGGCACAGCCCUCCCAAGCCCCACUGCCCGCUCCGGCAGAACCUGAGGCCAAACAGACGGCUGUCUCGCAUGUAGUGUGUGCGUUUGUGGAGAAUCCCACCUCGGAGAACGCCAUGAUGGGCUUCCCACUCACAAGAGUCUCUCCAUCGCCGCUCCCUCGCUCCCAGUCGCCCUGCUCUUCACCCACGACGGAUUCCCAGGAGCUGGUGAUUGACAGUGAAAUCGAGUCCCUCUCCUCACAGCCUUCAGAGUUACAGCUGCAGGACCAGCCCAUCUCUGUUUUCAAGGACACAGUAGCAGUUUUUGAAUCUCCACCCCGCAGUCUCAGCGGAAAGUCUAAGAAACCCAAAGGCCUGGAGUUGAUGCCGACGCUGGUGGUGACCAGCUCUGACCUCAGCCCUUUCAAUCUGUCCAGCCCAUCCCUCCCUACGGCUUCUCUCACCCCGGCCUUCCUGCAGACACCCCUGCUGCUCACACCCAGUCCACUUCUGUCCAAUAUCCAUUUCUGGAGCACACUCAGUCCGGUGGCACCCCUCAGUCCUGCCCGGAGACAGGGCACGCAUACCCUCUUCCAGUCAUUUGGAGAAUGCCCAUGCAAUGGAAGUCAACAAAGCAACAUUGAACCCAACUGACCUUCACACUGAGUUAUGUGACACAAAUAUAAUCUUUUGUGAUGAACAGAAGAAACAAAGUUAUAGAUAUUUCAUUCAUUUUUGGGUGAACUAUCUCUUGAUGAAUAUUGAGGCUAAUAAUCAGGAAGCCAGGAACUUUUCUGGUGCUUUGACCAUGAUGCACAUUUUUGAGAGGCUGUUUAGUAGGCUAAAUUGACAUCAUCCUCGUUCCAAUGCUUGAUGGCGACUGUCUAAUGAAGCGUGUUUCCACACACGCCCCAAUGCCAUUGAACCAUUACCGUAACACCACCAGAUAUGCCACUGUAGGCACGCUUAUCAUGCAGAUUUACUCAUCAAAACCAUUUCCCCUCUCUGAAAGACUGGAAGCCAUUAGGAUUGAUUUCAGAUGAGUGGGAAAACCCAAGGACUUCCAGUAGACUGCAUAUUCACUAUUAAGCUGAUGGAGCUUAAACAGCAUAAAAUGGAAUGGAAUGGCACCAGCUUAGUGCUUAAAGCCUCAUCCCACCAUUAGGAUGGUUGGAUUGGUUGAGAUCGGUUGGAUGUGAACCAUAACUGGAUGUCUGCUAAAGCCCAGGCCAAAUACUCAAAACCAUUCCUACAUUUGUCAGCUUUCCCAGUGUUGUGCAAGAUUCAAUCCCCCCGCAGAAUACAAUCUACCUUGGACAACAAGGCAAAGCUGUUUGUAAUGCCCAGUCAGAAGUGUCUGUCCUUGUUGUAGCUGGUUUGGCUGGUUAGCAUGGUCCAGUUAACACCUGCUGUGGGAUUAUACCACAUACUCUUCUCUGUUGAUGCUCAUUCAGAACUGGCAUGUGUUUUGAAAGCAUUACAUUUAUUUCAAAUGCAACUGCAUUAUAGUAAAUACAAAGUUACAUUAUCAUUUAAAAGUUUGGGGUCAGUAAGCUUUUGUUAUUUAUUUAUUUUUUAGAGAUUAAUACUUUUAAGGAUGCAUUUGAUCGAAAAUGUCAGUAAAGAUAUUUAUAAUGUUACAAAUUAUUUCUAUUUCAAAUAAAUGCUGUUCAUCUGAACUUUCUAGUCAUGAAAGAAUUUGGAAAAAAUAUAUAUAUAUAUAUUUUAGAUUCCACACAAAU